GAACACGUGCGACUACUCACAGCCAUUGGAUUGCAGCCAACGUGUUCCUAAACAUCUUGGGGAACCAAACCGUGGCAGGACCGGCGUUAGUACCGUCCAAGCCGUCCUAAGCUCCGAGGGAAUCCCUCCCUCCAAUCCUCCAUUCCCCGAAAACUGUCCACCAUCCGCCGCGACAACCGUCCUCGACACCCGAUGCGCGAACCGCCGUUGUCUGAUUUGACCCAAACUCCACUUUGAACAGAACCAUAACCCAUGGUUCAUAUAUAGCGGCCUCGAACAUACCCACACCCACACACGCAGGUGGCUGCACGACCGCAUACCAAGGACCAGGGCAUUGAAAGACACCAUCUGGCUAUUAGAAAAAAAGGAGGAGAGCGCAGCACAACGAGAAAUACAAACAACACCACAACACGGCGCGGAACAUAAUGUCGAACCGCUUCAGCCGCCAAGACGCCCGCGACGACCUCUUCUCCUCAUACAACCGCAGCGCCUCACCUUCGAAAUCCAAAAACAAAUCCCGCGCUUCGCCCUACAGCGGCGGCGGCGGUUACGCCUACACUGCGCCUACGUCGCCAAACGGUAGCCCGGGGUUCGGCGCGUACCCCGGCAGCAACGCAAGCGGGCAUGGCAAUGGGAAUUUAUAUCCUGGGGGUAGCGGUGGUGGAUACGGUGUAGGUAGAGGGAACGAUGAUGCGAUGUUUCGGAGUGCGACGCCGAAUUCGCGGGGCCAGUAUUCGGCGGCUGUGCUGGAUGAGUUGGAGAGUCAGAAUGACGAGCAUGUGGGUGUUUUGACAAGUAAGGUUAGGAUGUUGAAGGAUUUGACACAUCUCAUCGGCGACGAAAUCCGCGAUUCUACGUCCCUGGCGGAGAAAAUGAACGAUCAGUUUGAGAAUUCGAGAUAUAAGAUUAAGGGUACCAUGACGCGUAUGCUGCGUAUGGCUGAAAAAACGGGGGUUGGAUGGAAGGCUUGGGUUGGCUUCUUUGCGGCUGUUAUAUUGCUGUUUUGGUGGGUGUGGUUGGGUUGAGUGGGAUCCUAUAUGGUGGGGGUUUAUGAUACGCUUGCAGAGAUGUUUUGUGCGGGGCUUUGUAUGGAUACGCAUGGGAAUGGGAGAUGGGAGAGAGGUCAUUAGAGGUGGUUUUGCA